GUUUAUAAAGAUGGUAGCGUGAGUUUGCUGCAGCUCUGCUCUAUUGAUUUUCCACUAUCUGAGUGCAUAAUACAACUUUUCAAUUUAAUUGCUUUGAAAAAAAAAUCUUAAAGCUCCCCCAAAAUGUCUGUGAAAGUGUUUGAAGCCAGAGAACACUGUAAAGCUGCAGAGAAAUUCCUGAAGACUACCCUUCUCCGUUGGAAGCCGGACUACGAUUCGGCAGCCGAUGAAUACAGCCAAGCAGCUCAGUGCUAUCGUAUUGCUCGAGAUGCUGCCAACUCCAAGGAUUGCCACCUGAAAGCUUCGGAGUGCUACAAGAAGAACAACGCGUUCUUCCACGCUGCUAAGGCCCUGGAAAACGCUAUCCUGGUCUGCAAAGAUACCGCAACUCCUCAGGAGGUGCAUAGAUUGGCGUUGGAGUCAGGGGAGCUGUACCAACAGCACGGUUCGGGUGACAGUGCUGCCUCCGUACUCGGGAAGUCGGCCAAAAUUAUCGAAGAAGCGUCGCCUGAACUAGCAGUAGAGCUGUUCCAAAUGGCCGCUGACGCCUCUGCUACGGAGAGCAGUCAGCACCAGGGUUCCGAGUACAUCAGCAAAGCGUCCCGCCUCCUCGUCAAACUACAACGCUAUGACCAGGCUGUGGACAGUCUGCGGCGGGAGAUCGGCUUUCACCAAGAGGCAGGAAAUAUGGGAGCUAUUGGAAGACUCACCGUUGCUAUUGUCCUCGUCCAACUCGCCAGGGGAGAUGCUGUCGCUGCCGAAAAGGCUUACAAGGAAUGGGGCAGCAACUGCGAGGUGGCUGAGAUGCAAACAUUGGAACAAAUACUCCAAGCCUAUGAUGAAGAAGACAGAGAGUCAGCGAAGCGUGCGUUGGCCAGUCCCUUCAUCCGUAAUAUGGACGUGGAGUACGCUAGAUUGGCGGCCAUGGUUCCAUUGCCAGAAGCCAUGGAGCCGGCCCCCAGAGCCACCGUCGUUGAGAAUGCCGCCCCGUCUUAUGUUAGCCCCAACGCACACUCCACUACAACUGCGGAAAUAUGCCCAAAAGUUGAGGAGUCGCCAUACGCCCCGGUGACUUACGCUCCUAAGAAGCCAGCGGAGGAUGAAGAUGGGCUCUGCUAAGCUGCCAUCGUCACUUCGUAUUAUUUUGCAUGCCUACCCAAGUUGAUGGUGAUAGCGCGAUGAUAUUACAAUCUAAAAAAAGCGAUUUGGUCUAUAUUUUAAGGGAAACUGGCGAACCUCUGCCUAUAUAGUAUAAAACUGUAAAGAUUUAGGCUAUUCUGAGUUGUCUAAACUACAAACUAGCCUGUAUCUUUUUUCUUGACUCCAAGGUGAGAAACCCUCAUGAAGCCCCCUCACCUUGGGCAAAUGGAAGGGACUGUCAGAGUCUUUCUGACUGAAACCCACCCCGGUGUCCCGUCUCACACCUGGGUACGAGGGUGCGGGUUCUUCCGCGGCCCCCGAACUCGUGGCGGCCUGCGCGUACACACAACACGCGCCUUUGAAACCGUCUCGGGUCCUUUGAUACUAGGUGACGGAGACUUUCACCACCGUCCCCGGACCCAUUUAGGGGGGGUCGAAAGAGAGCGAUUCUGCUCUUCUUCGACACUCGGUGCGCCUACUGCGGGAAGGUAGAGAAGUUAUAUUUCCCUUUCCCUCUCCGCAGCCUCCUUCCGCGACAUUACAUCUUCGCUGAAGGACACCACUGCAUCCGACGACUGCACUGCCGACCAUUCCACAGUGUCAGGUCGUCACCGAUCUCCAAUAUGAGAGCGCGACGUGACUCAUGCCAAGCAACGCACUGCGUAAGAGUUUGCAUGCCGUAUCCUCCUCAAUGGACGCAGUGAUGGCACCGAGCGUCUGACUCCCAGCCUACGCUAUACAGGAACUUCCCGAAACACCCAUGCCCCGAGAGUACUUGCGUCACUUGGAACGACAGGUAGCCGUGCUUUCUCCCGAGCCAGUCGUGGACUACUGGCCCAACCGUCACGAUGGAGUUGAGCCCAGCAGUAGAGCAUUGAAGCCUCUACGGCCAUUCCGCCCCUAACACCUGCCGAAGGUCCGACCGAUGCGAUGCUAUCUGCCGUUGCAUUAGUCGGACACCCCGUUCCUGCUGUUCUUUACGCCACAGAUACAGUGACGCGAGUACUUUCACUUCAAAGUCCCAGGGCAGAGAUCCAGCCAGUACACAAGCUGCCUCCUAGAAAACCGUGCGAUAACCCCUUAUAUGACUGUAACAGCCAUCGCCUUUUGCGCCCAUAUCGGGGCGUCAUACAUGGUCAUAUAUCGCACGAUUGUCUCGUAGAGUCGCCUACAGGCGGUGCUCGGGCCUCUUUAUGCGCAACUUAUGCGCCAGCCGCUGUAAUUGAGGACAGAAGUCCCAACGGCUAUCGAGUACCAAUCUUAAGUACUUUAUGGUGGAUUUGACAGCUAUUCAGGUCCCACUGACCGCUAUAUGAGACUCCAGCGGUGGUACGCGUCGAGGGUCAUGGAACGUAAUGGCCUCCAAUUUGUUGAGGGCCACUAUAUCAGACCCAGGCGCCAGAUGCGGCUCAUCACCUGUGACACCGCAGCCGUGGCUAACAUCGCUGCCUCCCUAUAGGCUCCCACGGGCGGUGACUAACGUGUCGUCUUUGUAACACGUAAGGUCGGCGCCCAACGGAAGCUCCCCUCUCGACACCCAGUCGUACCCGACGUUCCACAAGAAAGGCCCCAAUACUGAGCCCUGUGGAACACCACAAGUGAUGGCGCAUCGAUGUACGCCAGUACGCCAUCAUGUCCCCACUAGGUGACACACCUGCCAUCUAGGUUAGGUAACAUUCUACUGUGUGACGGAGGUAGGAAGGCACGCGGUGAUAAAAAUAAUCUAUAUCUAGUUUAAAUUGUGCCAAUUCUCUGUACAAAGGAGACGCAAUUUUAUAGGAUUGUAAUUGUUACUUGUAAUCAAUUUAAUAAAACAUUAAUUGAUGCAGAAAAAUAACAAAUUUUUAAUAAAAAAUAACUAUCAUUGUUCAAGAGAUACUUUGCAUUGGUUAUUUUUCUUGUAUCAGAAAUCGCGCUAUCACCAACAUCUAGCUUUAUUAGCUUUGUUUGUUAUAUUGUAAACAUGUCAUUUUUAUCGCUACGCACUAUAGCACUUUCAAACAAGCACUGCAAAUGCACCCUGCCGCCAUUUUACAUAUUUUCAUGACAGGGCUAACCUUGAUAUAUUAUUAAUUCUGUUACAUCCAAAAAUAACAUUUUUCGAAGGCUAUAUCAUAACUUUUAAGACCCAAAAAGGCAAUUUCUUGGAGCCUAUAUGAUCAUUUUGGAAACAAUCACCUUCGAUCUUUAAUCCUUCCCUGUCCAUAAAUUGUAUGAAUAAAAAAAUUGUGACUGAACCAAUGCAAUAUAAAGCUGUACGUAUGUAUGUACAGUUUAAUGAAAUAAAAAGCAAUGGAAAGCGGGAGCUUUAAACUAGUUUUAAAGUAUCGCUGUUUUGUUGAAAGAUUCGUAAAGUAAAGAAUCGAAGUUUAUUGUUAUAUAUGGUAACUUUUGGGAAUUAAUUCAAAAUACCGGUUUGAAGAAUGGUUAAUCUCUUAUUUACCGGUAUUUUUGAUUAAUUUACACCCGUACUCGGAUAUGUUUAAUGGUUACUUAAAUUAUUACUUAAUGACGAUUUUGUUCCGAAAACAAUUACUAAGGACUGUGGUACCGAGUAAGUGACUAUUAAAUGAUUCUGAGUACGGCGGUUAGGUAUGUCGCACGGUAGUAGUUAUACAAACUUUUGGAAAUUUUAAACUUGAAAGAUAAUGUAAACGUGUUUUGGAUUCACGUGGUAACAGUGUCACGAUGCAUAGGAAUGUCAGGAGUCGUGGUUUAUUAAGAUAACUUGUGUUUUGUAACAACUGCUUAAAACUUUGACUCGUAACAACAAAUUAGAAGAAUAUAAGAGAACAAAUACAUGUAAAUUUUAAUAAUCCACAUUCCUGAUUGUUUAGUAUAAAGAAAUUAAGUUCAAAUUGAACAUCGACUUCAAACAAUACGAUGUUAAUACUCAUUUUGGUACUGUUUUCGCGUGAUACAAUCGAAAUGAUAUAUAUAAAAAAAAACGUUUAAAUAAAAUCAAAUUGGCAUUGAAUCAAAUAGAACACAGUAUAUGAUAGGUAAUGGAAUUUUUAAAAGAACUAAUUAAAAGGUAUCGCUCGCGCUAUCCAUGUGUAUUGAAUAUAAUAUGUCUGUAUUUAUUGAAGAGAUACAAGAUAGAUGUAUAGAUUCAAUUACAUCAAGCUCCAAAGUCAAGGUAAAUUGUCCAAAAAGCGCGAGCGACAUAAAUCUAUUCAGCGUUGUAGUAAAUUGUAAAGAAAUGACAAAACUAUGAAAGUUAAAUUAAAAAGUUGUUAUAAAAAAUUAAAAAUAUAUGAAAUUAGGGAUGAAAUGUUGUUACGAAUUCUUCAAAUCGCUUCGCUUCUUGCAUUUUUAUAGAAUUUCGUCAAUUGAUACUUCGCUAAACGAUGAUCUACACUUUUUCUAUCGAUUAGGCGAAUGUGGACUUCAUGGACAGUAGCGGAGAUGUCUAUUAUUCAAUAUCAACAUUCUUGUCAUGGUUUUACAUACCUAAUAUUAUAAUCAAACUUGCUAUAUUCUCGCAAAAGUCAUAGAAUAUAAAAUACUAUAAUCUGUAUGUCAAAUAUUAUAAUAAUUAUAUCAAAACAAUAUAAUAAAUAAUAAAAUAUAAUUAAUAUUUAUCUACAUAAUAAGCAAAACGUGCGUGAAGUUUGUUUAAGUAGAAUUCGGGUGUGUUUUUAAUCAAAUAUAUUUAAAAAUAAAUUAAUAUUGUUAUAAAAAUCAAUUGGUGAUAUUAUAUGCUUAUUUAUUAUAUUUUAUGACAAAUUCAUACGCUUGUUGAUGCAAAAAUAAUUUUAUUAUGAUGUUACAGAAUUAAAAUAAUAAUGAAAUUAUUUAUUUUGAAUGAAAAUAUUUGAUUUCACAUAUAGAAGGAGAGACGUAUAAAUGCUGUUAUUAAUAUAAAAUGAAAUAUCUGAUAUUAAAUAGUAGUUGAAACCGUUAAUAUUUUUCUGGUCGAAUAUAUAAUGUUGUGAAUCAAAAUAAAAUUAGACUUGAUAAGGACAUAAUUCUCCUUGUCGUAUAUAUUCGAAAUACGUCAAAUCAGUGUGACUAUAGAAUAAAAAUAUUAGGUACUUAUAUACAAAGAACUAUACUCCGUAUUAAGAAGCUAUUCAUGUUUUUGUUGUAUAUAAUGACUUUGUGGAAUAGUUAAUAUGAAAUCUUGUCAUGAUUUGACCGACAGUUAAUGAAUUGGAUAUAAACAAAGCUUGCUUACAUUCAUUUCAUUAUAAACGUUAUUCUCAAUUGCUAUUAAGUCACAUUUCGCUUGCACUUAGUUAUUAUUAAUGUUAAAGAAUAUGCAUUUAAGCGAUUUGUGUUUGUGUGUACUAUGAAAACAGUUGAAUGAUUCUGAUCAUUUCUAUGUCUAAUUUAAUGUAUGAAUAAUGUAAUAAAACUGAUCUUUGUGUGACACCGUAUAUGCGAUGUGAUUGUAAGGUUAUUAUAUGUAUAAUGUAGAUACAGGCUGUUUAUUGUAAACUGAAGACGAACAAUCGAACAGCCUGUAUUGGUCCAUAAACACAAUAUUAUUACGUAUAUAUUAUAGCUAAUUUUGGUUAAUUUCAUUUCCUACAAACAUUAAUUUGAUAAUAUACAUUAUGUCUCAAAUUUUCUUCACCUGUAGGCCUAAUACUUAAUCUAUGAACCGACCGAUUUUAAGGGAUAUAUGUCUAUAAUAAUUAGAAUUACUGUUGUAUAAAAAAUACAUAUUUUGUCAAAAAUAUUUGUAUAACUGUCCACAUGAUUCUAUAUUCUCGUAUGGUCAACGUUUUACUGUAUUGUGAUGUGGGUGUGGGUACGGCUUGCGUGCGAAUGUCGGUCUGGCGUUUACCUCUUGGUCUAUUACUUGCAAAGGCUUUUACCCUUGCGUUAUACAUUCCCAUGUACAUUUGACGUGAACUGUACCCUCACACAAUUUAGCUAUGAAUCCCUUAAAUAAGUCGUGUUAAGCAGUGCUCUUCUAUCGCAAAAUUUGUGUUGUGUGUUUUAUGUAGCGCAUAAUAAGAUACAUUUUUAAAUGUCCUAUUGUUAAACAAUCCGAGCGUCUUGAUGAUCGUCUGUCAAUUUGAACAACGCACAUUCCAUUGUCUAUGAUUAAAUUAAAAAGUCGUAGCUGUAAUAAAAAUUAGAGUAUUGGGUCAGUAUAUUGUGACCUACGAACUUAUCUGGACCCCUUUACUACAUAGUAAUUUAUUAUAACGUGAUUCAAAGGAUGAACCUGACAUUUUUGAGAAUUUAUAAAAGUACACAAAGAAGACGUUGCCCCAUGAAUUUUGAACUUGCUACACAUUUAUUAGGGUAAGUCGCGUUAUAUAGAACACAUACGCAUACAAUGCUUCUAUUGAUAUAUAUAGUGUAUAAGUAUAUAACUUAUUGUUAUAUCAAAUCAAUGUAGUGAGAUCUAGUGAUAUAAGUGUUAGCGCGUCUACUAAUAGUGAUUUAUCGAACUCUAGAUAUUCCAUUCAAGCUCAAGAUCCUUAGGAACGUGCUUAUAUACUUACUUAUUAUUAGAUUUCCUAUAAGUUUUAUUUUAAUGUUAUUUUCAACCUUGUAUAGUUCCCUGAGUUCGUUAUUUUGUAUAAAAUGUAUUUUGUUUCGUAAUUUCUGUUAAUAUUGUAUUCAGAUAGUAAAUUAUUGUUGGAAGGUAUUGUUAUUGAAUGCACUGCCGAUUAGAAUAGACCUCUUUGGAAAUACAAAAGUUUAUGAAAUUAAUUGCUUGUAGGAUAUGUUGAUCAUGGACGACGUUGAUGUUUUCAAAUUAUAUUCUCAAAAGUUAUAUUGAUAGUCUAUGGAUGUACUUAAUUACCAGUCUUUGGUUUUGCUAAUUGGCAGUGUAUAGGAUUAAGUCGUUUAUUAACUACGAAAUUACGAGAGAAGAAAUAUUGUGAAACAUUUUAAAUCCACUUUAAGAUUAUUAGUAUGUGGAUUUAAAUUCAAGCAGAAUCGUAUAAUGAUUAUGAAUAAUUAGUAGUGUUAAUUAAGAUUUGAAGACGGGGCUUCCACAUGUUGCCAGUGAGACGGGAAGUCUGGUAAAUUAAUGUUAAAAUUAUAUAUUAUACGCACAAUUUAUAUGUGUAUGUUGCUUUUUAGACCCUAUGGCGAUACCAUACCGUCUAUUUUACUGUGUCCAUGCGUUAAAAAUGUUAUUUCUCGUAAUUUCGUAGGAAAUGUCCAAAAGACAAGUUUUCUUAUAUUGAAGUAAGAUUGUUUGGUAUGAAUUAAAUAAAUGUGAACUUAAUCAAUC